ACUGUGAUUCUUGUUAACAUCGGCGUCCUAAAAUUGCUCUAAAAAGCACCUUUCCUUGUUUUUCUUCUUCCUCUUGCUUCCCUAAUCCGACAACCUCCCGCUUUCUUAGCUCCUCUCCCUCUCUUUCUCCCUCUCACCUUGUCCCAACACUCUCAAAUCAAUUCACAAAAGAAAAAUCCGCAUUCUAAAGAUUCCAGUAUGAUGGCUGGGAACUUGACUGACAUAAUGAAAAUUGGUACCUGCUUGAUGUUGGAAGCAGAAAAUGCUCAAUGGUAAGAAGUGCGACAAGCUUUCCAUCAUACAGAAGCUGUAUACAGAUUAUUUAGGUUCCUUCAUCAACUAGUUUUACUCCUACAGAUUUAACAAUAGUUUGAAAUGGAAGACGGGCUAAAUAUGAAUCCUAGUGGAACACAAGCUAGUUUAGUAACUAACACAAACACUAAAAGUUAUAAUGACAUUAUGACACGCCGUCUAAAGAACAGAGAACGGCAGCGUAGAUAUAGGGCUCGAAAGCGACUUGAAGCAGAUAUGCAGAAGUCUCAUGUCCUAAACCAACCAACUAUACCACCAGUAGGGUUGCAAUUAAAUGGGAUCCGCAACAAUGGAACGGCACGUGUUCAUUGUAAACGGGAUUGGAAGAAAGAUGCUAGAAGGGCUCACAUAUGCAAGGGUCAAGAAGACGCACUUCAUACUUCUGUUCAGUCUACUCUGAUCCUAACAGCUGAAAGCCAAACACCAUGCUUGCCCUCUGGGAUUAGGGCAGAAGGGUCGCUUGAAAGAGAAUGCCAUUCUGAAAAUUCCCAUAACGUGGCGAAUUGUGAAACUAGGAAACUUAAGCUUGGUCGAAGAGACUGGAAAGCAGAUGCAAGAAAUAAGAAGAGUUGAGUUGGUUGUAACCAAGCUGCUCUGUGAAAUGAAUGUUUAACAGGUACAAAAUUGAAUGCUGGAUAGCACAUGUCUGUGUGAUCGUUGGAAGAUCCUGAGUUGUAAUGACUAAAAGAACUUAUGGCGUGGUAAGUCAGUUUGUUGCCAUAUUUAGGAAGAGCUUUUAUUGUUAGGUUUUGUGAACUUAUUACAACUUUUUCAAUUUCGGAUGCAGAACAGAGUAUAUAUCCAGCUUGAAGAACCAUUCUGUUAACAAACUUGAAUUUUAUGAAUAGGAUGCAUUAUGUACCUGGAAGACUGUUGCAGACUAAGAUCGGACUAGAAUAAGAAUGGUCAAGAAAGAUUGUAAUAUGUGACAUUAACAUUACAUCAUUGCUGUCGCGUACAUCCUGUAUGAUUUGAUCACAUUGAAUUUAGACUUUUGCUUGUUUGAAUGAUAUUAAACCUGGAUUUGCCUAGAGAGGGUGCUUGCCUGCACCGUGGACAUACUACUGAAUAAUAAGUAAUGUUAAUGGA